GAGGAGUCCCUUUUCCUUCGCUCUUUCGCUCCACAGCUGUCAUCCUCUUCCUGCUGUGUGAAAUAACACCAAGAGACGGAAUAAACUUGAAUAAGACACAAAGAAAGGAUUAUUUGUAACCCGGAAGUGAGUGGAACUUCUUCUAGUCUUGGAAAGAAUUAUCAUCAUGAUGAGGAUUUGGACUGUUGUGCUUUUGCUGCUUCACUCUCUGGUGGCAUCAAGACAAGCGUUCGGCGCCGCGGUGGACAGGUACGACAACGACAGGCAGCAGCACACGGCGGUCAUCAACUUCCUGGAUGCCGGCGAGGCCAAAAGGCCCGAGGAAGAACUCACCGGGGAAGCCACCAUAUUGGAAGAAGAGGAAGAUGAUGAGGAGUACGGUGAUGAAUACUACUACGAUGGAGAGGAUUACGAUGAAAGCAUAUCCGGCGAUUAUGAAGUGGAAGUACCAAGAGUUGCUAUGUCAAGCAAACCCAGAGAUCCAUCAGCUAUUUUGGAACCGGAAAACACAGAAGGACAAAGAAGAAGAAAAGGGAGAAAGAAGGGUAAAGGAAAAGGAAAGAAGAGGAAUCCUUGCAUGAAGAAAUAUAAGGACUUCUGCAUUCACGGCACCUGUCAGUACCUGAGAGACAUCCGACUCCCAUCCUGUGUGUGCCAUCCGAGUUACUCCGGGAAAAGGUGCGAGUUUGUCACCCUGCCCUUGGAGAAACCCGCGGAGAGCUACAACCGAUCCACGGCUCUGGCUGUGGUGGCUGUGGUGCUGUCGUCCAUCUGCCUCACCAUCAUCGGCCUUCUACUCAUGCUCAGGUUUCACAAGCGGGGAGCGUAUGAUGUAGAGAGUGAGGAGAAGGUCAAGUUAGGGUUAGCAUCCAACCACUGAAGAGACAAAGAAGGGCAAAAGAGUGGAGAUACUACCUCAAAAUAGAAGGACAGGAGAAGGAAGGGUCCUGGAGAAAAUGAAAGGAACGCAAGCAGAUGAAGAAAGGGAACAAAGGGGUGUCUGCUUCAACCUUUGCUGGAUGUUCACAUUCAACAAAUAUGGACGGCUCAGCGUAUUCCUGUAGGCCUCGGGCAAAGACAAGACGGCCACAUCUGAAGGUGGAAAUACGGGACAAGCCAGGGAAUGGACUAGUAUGGAAAAGUGGGGAGCACCGAGGAAUGGGAAGAAAAGGAACAUUUGCUGCUUCCUGAUUGUGUGAAGACAACUUUCAGACUGAACUGAAUCCAAUUCAUUAACAAAAGAGCUCAAUGUGGAAUUUUUGUCUCGAAAAAAAAAAAAAAAAAAAACAGGCAGCAUUUUAUAUUUUUUGCAUUUAGUGCAUUAUUUUAUUUUUCCUGUACAGUAAACAGUAUAUUUAUACUUUUAAUUUAUUUAUUUAAGCUAACUGUAUUUAUGUAGGUUUAAUUAACCUCCUUCAACAAUUCAACAUGGAUGUUACAGUUGUUUUGUAUUCCUUAUUGGGUAUUAUUUAUUAAAAAAAUACAAUGCUCAUAGCCCCAGGAGGCAAAUGUAUUAUUUAAAAAAAAUUUAAAAAUGGCCUGUAAUUUAGGCAGAAUAUAAUCAAUAGCACUGUGAUUUUUUUUUUUUUUUUUUUUUACUGAUUAGAGUUUUCACUGAAAACAACCAUUGUUGGGAAUCCUGCACAUUAAAGCUGGGACACCUUCAGUGGUGAUUUAAAAAAAAAAAGUAUAUACAAAUACUGUAUAUACUGUAUAUUCAAAAGGGAGCCCAAUAUAACAUACGGGGGCCUUGAGCUGAAGCACUGUUGAAAUAACUUUUUUUUGUCUUACCAUCAUUUAAAGCCAAACACUUACAGUAACUGUCAAGAAACACAAAGAAAUGUGAAUUCAAAUGUUCCAUGCUUUCAAAAAAAAAAAAAAUGCAAUUCUGAAGUGAUUUUUAUUAAUGUGACUUUUUUUUUUUUUCUCAGAACAAAAUCAAUAAACUAUAAGAAUUCUCCACUCUUGGUUUUUGCUGCUU